UGCCCUGACUUGAGCCUGCCAGAAUUAAACCUUAACAUGUUCUGCCUCUAAGGACUGCUUCACAACAAGCUGCCAGAAUGAUAAAAACAGAAUUUUCAAGCGGGAGAACGAAGGACUUCAAUCUCUCGGUGAGUGGUACUGAAGAUGCAUGUGAAAAACAAAAAACAAAAACUGCAUGCUUUUCUUAAGUGUAGAGCGAGAAAAGGGGAAGGAGAAAAAAAAAGCGAGCGUGGCAUUUCUUUUUCCCUUUAAGCUAAUAAAUCAUGUGUGAAAGGAAGCCACAGUGAGAAAAUGGCUUCUCACAAGUCAAAGACUGGCACCAAGAUAAAUGUUACAAAGGCAGCAGAGGAAUCCAGUCCGGUGGAUGAAUAUAUCACACCUGGGGGCUAUGAGCUGGAGAAAAUCCUCAACCGUGGGAGUGUGGCUUACACUCAUGUCAACGAGGUCUGGCCUAAUGUCUACAUCGGGGACGAGCAGACUGCAAAGGACAAGUACAAUCUGAAGAGGUUGGGGAUUACGCACAUCUUGAAUGCAGCAGAGGGGACGUGGAAUAAUGUGGACACCGGAGCUGGUUACUACAGUGACAUGGACAUAGUCUACUAUGGCGUGGUAGCAGAAGACGUCCCAACCUUUGACCUCAGCCAGUAUUUUUUCUCCGCUGCCCGGUUCAUAGAAGAAACACUGAGCAAUCCUCAGAAUAAACUGCUGGUGCACUGCGUGAUGGGAAGGAGUCGGUCCGCCACGCUCUUCCUCGCAUACCUCAUGAUCUGUGAGAACAUGACGGUGGUUGACGCCAUCGAGCAUGUGAAAAAACGCAGGCGGAUCAUCCCCAACUGGGGCUUCCUGAAGCAGCUGAGAGAGCUGGACAUGCACCUGCUGGAGAAAAGAGACUCGACAGAGAAGAGAUGAUUUUAAGACUCGUGGGGCAAAGUUGAGCCUCAGGUCUCGAGUUCGACCUGAACUUGGGACUUGAGCCUUAGAGAAGAGCAAAUCUUAUCAAGACUCAAGUCGUUGAGGGGAAAUUGAAGUCAUGUCAAGUCUAAAUACGCAAACUGAUAAUUAAAUAUUCAGUGCAUGAAAUAUUCAUGCAAGGUCUGUCCGCUGUUGUCCCAUUAGGUUUGCUUUUGACUUUACUGGGAUUUUACCAGGUGAAAACUUGAGACAUGAAUGUUUUUGCUUCGAAGUUUCAUGUCAAAUUGAGGUUUUAGAGGGUGAAACUUCAAGUAAAUUAAAUCUCAGAUCAGUCAA